AUGGCAGUGGCACGACCGCGAGGUCCUCUCGUUUCCUUCGCAAAGGCAUCUCUGCCAUCAAGCCAGACAAUUCUCCAGGGCCGCACCGUUCUUCUCAAGAAGCUCGAACCAACACACGCCAAGGAUCUGUUCCAUCUCGUUGGCGGCGAUGAUCCCGCACGCACGUCCCUGUGGGAUUAUAUGGGCGAUGGCCCGUACCCUCAGCUAGACGCAUUCGAGAAGAACAUUGCCUCUAAGUCAGCUUCCCCGGAUCCAUUCUUCUUCGCAAUUAUCGACAAGCGCAGUGCAAUGCCCAGCUUCGGCAAAGCAAUCGGAUACUUGUCUCUUAUGCGCAUUACCCCCGAGCAAUUGUGCAUUGAAAUUGGAAAUGUGAUGUUUUCACCGGUCCUUCAACGCACCGUUGGAGCAACGGAAGCGUUUUAUCUGCUGGCGCGGCAUGCUUUUGAUGACCUGGGAUAUCGCCGAUUGGAGUGGAAGUGUGAUUCUCUCAAUGCACCAUCGCGGCGGUCAGCACUGCGAUUGGGUCAUACAUAUGAGGGAAUUUUCAGACAACAUAUGAUCGUGAAAGGGCGGAGCCGAGAUACAGCUUGGUUUUCAAUUUUGAAGGAGGAGUGGAAUCAGACUGUAGCGGGCGCAAUGGAGAAGUGGCUGGAUGAGGCUAAUUUCCGCGACGACGGUAGUCAGAUAAAGACACUUCAGGAACUCCGGGGUGACUGA